AUGCGGUCAUUGAAAGGUCUCAGUGAAGUCAAAGCGAAAGUCCCAUUACAACGGGUAGAGAAUGUAGAGGAGGUCCGACAAAAACUCACUGAUGGGCUAACUUUUCUUUCUGCUGAGCAGUCUGUCUUCCAGAAGAUCACGAAGGACACUGAGAAUCUGUCAUUACACAUCAACGAAUUAGUGGAACUGUACAAUGACCCACAAACAUAUAAAUUAAUAAAUGAUAAGCAGAUAGCAGCGAUACUUACUAGAUGUAUGUUUUUGUAUGGCGAACUUGAGAUGUGUAAGAAGAGGCAGUCAGAAGCUAUACUCAAAUCAGAAGAAGUGACCACCAAUUUGCGGCAAACUAUAAAGAAGAUGAACACUAUGUCAAAGGACGAAAGUGUCUCAGGGGUCGAGAAGAAGACUUCCUCAGUAAAGAAAGCUAAUAUGGACAUCAAGGAGUCACCAGAACUCACUAUUAAUUUCUUAGAUUCUUACAAAAACUUGUGUAUGAACGGACAGCUCUUCUUCUCUCAAAAAAUCGAAAGUCAGUGGAAGUCCGGCGGCUCCGUCAUACUAUACCGGGACAGACCUCUCAGCCAAAUUUUGACCGAAGAAAAACGAAAAAAAUCACAACUGCCUAAAGCUCUUGAAACUAUAAUUAAUCUAUUAAAAACUAAAGGAAUGGUCGAAGGUGUUUUUCGAUUAUGUGCAAAAGCGAGUGACGUGGAACAAAUUUUGAAUACGAUGUCAGUCACUGAUUUUGAAAAUUGUUCAGCUAUAGAAUUGGCCUCUGUGUUAAAGAGAUUUGUGAGAGAUAUUCCGGGCGGUGUGAUUGAUGAACAGGUCCAACAAAGUGUUGUCAAAAUCUGGGAGAUUGAAAGCGUGACAAGAAAUGAUCGCAUCAAACAAGUCGUUUUGUUAUUAAACACUUUGCCCGAGGAAAAUUAUGUUGUUAUUAAAGAGGUCUUCAAAAUGUUAUUGGAAAUCCACAAAAACGCAAAGGUGACUUUAAUGAAUGCCGAUAACUUGGCUGUGUGUUGGACCCCCGUCUUGUUUGAUCUUCUUGAUUUGUUACCUAAAAUGAAAGAAGUUACAGAAAUAGUGAAGGAAUUUGUUCUUAAUGCUAACAUUAUUUAA